CGUCAGACACCGUGUGCAUCCCGGUUACCGGCCGUGAACGUUUGGCUGUAGAAGUAGUUGUUUUUCUGACAUUACCGUGUUGACUACCUCCGUCGAUAAGGUGGAGACAAUGCACCACGUCAAGAUCAAGACUGAACGGCCAGAUGCGGAGGGGGCCGGUGCACGCACCCGAUUGGAUGCUGUGUUAAAUAGGCUGGUUGAGAAGACCGAAAAUGAAAGGGAUCAAAAUGAGGGCGAGACUGGGAAAACUUCAGCAGACUCUUUAAACAAGGAUUUGUCUCCAUCGUCUUCUGGAAAAAGACCCUCAGCUCGAUUUCCACAGCACCGGCGGAAGAAGCGAAAAGAGAUGGAUGAGGGCUUACCAGAGAGCAAUCAGCAUAAACAAAAUGCUUACAUUAUUAAGUUGUUUGAUCGCAGUGUGGAUCUGGCUCAGUUCAACACCAGCACCCCACUGUAUCCUAUCUGCCGUGCCUGGAUGAGAAAUAAUCCAUCUGUUCGAGAGCCGGCCGCUUACCCAAGCCCCCCACACAGCAUGGCAGAGGAGGAGGCCUCAGACAUGAUCAAUGGUCAGAUUGUGUACAGACUCCCCCCUCCAACCUCCUGUCCAAUCAGCACCUCCGGUGAACCCGUCAAUCUCAGGAUCCCUCAUACCGAAAAACCCAGUGUUUCCAAGUUGGCAUCGACAGUUCCUGUACCAGGAUCUCUCAUAUGUGACCACAUGGAACGUUGGAAGAAGAUAAGGCAAAAAUGGAAGGAGUGUUCCAGUAAGAACCAAUUAAGAUACAGCGAGAGCAUCAAGAUCCUGAAGGAGAUGAAGGAGCUCUAUGAUCGCUAAUUGUAGCUGCUAGCUCGCCAACUUGGAAUGGACUCUUUGCUGUUGAAAAGGAAACAUGGAGUAAAACUCCAAGAGACAAGUAGACUCAUACGAACCCAUCAACUGAACCUGGAGCCUUAAAUGAAGCAUACGUCCAAUGUAUUGCAGAAUUGUUUUUGCAAAGAAUCUUUAAGUUUGGAGUGUGAUGUGGGACUGUUUUGUCUGAUGUGCUCACUCAUCAGCAGUAUUUUUCAAGAAAAACUGGCUUGUGAAUUCUCAUCACUAACAAGAUUAAUUAAAGUUCAUUUUGGUCUCUUCCA